UGCAAGCACCACUCUAGCUUACACGCUUGCAGGAGGUUUUCAAGGCUGAGCCUGUUUCCAGUGCUAUUAGUUGCCCAGGUGCUCCACGAGAGUUAUGCAUCAUCAUUUUACAAAAGCUGCAAAUCCCAGGAACACAAACACAAGGCAGGAGGCGAAGCCACGGCUCCCGAGCGCGGCCCCUCACACCGGCAGGGCCCCGCCGUGCUGACCGGGCAUCGCGGGUGCCCUCCUCCUGCAGGCAGUGCCGCGGCCCCGCUCUGCGCCCUGGGCACCCUCCUGAGCCUCCUGGUCCCCGUGCAGGCCACCAGGUCUCCCGACUGCGGGGGCAUCCUCACCCCGUCAGGACUGAGCUACAUUGCUGAAGUCUCAAGACCGUACGCAGAGAUGGUCCUCAGGCAGGACCUGCUGGAGCCGAGGGCCCUGGACCUGCCCCUUGGCUCCCCAAAAGCCAGCAGGGACCAAAUCAGCUCCGUCCGAGUGGUCGACCUGUCACUGUCACUUGUCCCAGAGGCCGGGCUGCGGCUGGGCAUCGAGGUGGACCUGGGCAUCGCCCCCCCAGCCGCGGCGCCCAGGCUGGCGAGGCUGUCCAUCCUGGCCGACCUCCACGUAGACCUGAGCCCUGACGGCGACCUGCAGCUGACAACCUCCUCCUGCAGACCCACCGUGGAGGAGGUGCAGAGCGCCGAGGAGGUGGAAAGCAAGUCCUCUAGUUCCGACCUGGACAAGGAGAUUAAUGCCGAUAAGAUUUGCCUGGAAGUCUCCAAACUGCUCCUUUUCCCUAACGAACAGCUAAUGUCCCUGACAGCUCAGUUCCCCAUCACCCCCAGCUGCCAGGUCCAGUACCUGCCACUGGCUGCCCCUGUGAUCUCCGAGGAGGGAAUCACCAUGUCCUUGCAAGUAAGCACCACGUCCUUCCCGUCCUGCCCAGCUCCUGCCCAUGCACUCACUGCCUGCCGCAUCCCUGCCCUGGAUGAGCAGCUGCUGAGCACCUGCAGGACGAGGCGGGCACCCCAAGCACCCCGACCCCUGCUCUGUCCCCUGCAGACGACGUUCCAGGUGGCAGGGAGGGCAGUGCCCCUGCCAGUCAGCCCUGUGCCGUUCAGCAUGCCCGAGCUGGUGAGCUCCAGCCCUUCCCACCUCACCUUGGCUUUGUCUGAGCACUUCUACACCAGCCUCUUCUUCGCCCUGGAGAGGGCUGGAGCCUUCAACAUGACCAUCCUGAGCCCGCUGACCACCGCCACCAUGGCACAGAAGAUCACCCAGGUCGGCUCCCUGUACCCCGAGGACCUGCCCGUGAUGCUGAGGGCCGAGGUCAGAAGCUCUCCUCGGGUGGAGCUGGAGGAAGGCCGAGCAGCUCUGAAGCUCUUCCUCACCGUCCACGUCGGGGCAGGCUCACCGGACUUCCAGAGCUUCCUGAGCGUGAGCGCGGACGUGACUGCAGGACUGCUCCUCAGCAUCACCGACACACAGAUGAUGAUCUCUGCAGCAGUCAUAGAAGAUGCUGAGCUCAGCCUGGCUGCCUCCGACGUGGGCCCGGUGCCGGCUGCAUUGCUGGAAGAGCUGUUCCUGGGCACCGUUCGCGAGGAGGUGCCGGUCUGGAUGAACGCGGUGCUGAGCGAAGGCGUACACCUGCCACACAUAUCCAGCUUCACCUACACUGAUGUCAGCAUCAUGAUUCACAAGGUAAGAAAUCAGACAUGCAAGUCUCUCCCUGAAACAAGACAUUUAAGUUGCUCCCUGCUACAUUUGAUUUAAAGGGUACCUGGGAGUGACGCUUACCUCCUGGCACUAAAAUAAAUCCGAGCCUGCUUCUCCUGUCCUGCUAACCCACAGAACCAAGCUUCAUUGCUUUACACAGGCAUCCCUCUCUAGCCACGCUAACACAAGCAAAAAAUGCUCAUUAGAAGGAUCGGGGGCGGGCUGCAGCGAGUGCCGGGUGCGGUGCUCAGGCUUCCCCCCACCUGUGUCUAGGAUUACGUCUUGCUCCUGUGCAACCUCAAGCUGCAGGCGAGGCACGGCGAGCAGGGGGCCAUGGCCUGAACCCGGUGUGCCGUUGGCUUUGCUGGAGGAAAACAGGGGCAAAGCCAUUCCACUGACUCUGAAAGGAUGUGUCGUGUUUUCUCACUGCAUGAAAUGUUUAAAAUCUUUCUUUACUGAAACAACACUUUAAGUGUAGGAUAAUCAUGGCAUUGUGCUAGUGGCUUUCUCUUCCAGUCUAUUUUUCUGUUGCACAAGGAGGAUGGAUUGUAACAACAUUCCAUGCUUUAAUUAAACAUUUCUCUUUAAUAUUGCA